AUGAAUUAUACAUUUAUUUUCAUAGCAUUGUAAUUGUGUAAUAAUGAAUAAUUAAACGAAGGGAUGGGCAAAGUAAGGGACCUUUAAUUGGGGAUUCAGAUGGUAUUAUCCAGCUGUGGGCAGCAGAUGUGUAGUUGAAGGAAUAAGCGCCUUUAUCAUGGGAUAGGCUACGCUAGCUAUUAUAGGCUACAUGAUGUUGAAGCCCUUUGUUGCAUUUAAUUGGUUGCUAAAUUAGGCAAUGACGAUUUAUGAUACUGUCACAAUGUUUGUGGCUUCAAUGUUCAAAACGGGAAUUUGUUGAUCUCAAUAAGUUGUGGCUUAAUAAUUCAUUUAAUGACCGAAGUAGGCUACGAGAGAGAACGUUGUUUUAGCCUCAUUACUCAUGUGGUAGUUCGCUUGAACGGAAGACCUGUAUGACCACCGCGGCUCGAACUACCGGCGGGAGUCUCUCAUCGUUUCAGGCGGGGGAAGAGCGUUCCUCGUGCGUCUGCAUCAUUUGGUAGAUGAGACGGAACCUUAGCUCUCGAAUAGUCAAUGGGGGGAAAGGAAAAACUCAGUGAAAUGUAGAAAAACGUUGAGCGAAGCGGACAGCAAACAAAGACUGCAAUCAAUGUUCCAGCCAUUAAUAAGAAUACUGGUAUCAUGAAAACCCCAGCAAACUCAAACAUACAAUAAAGACACAUUAGAUAGUAUAUCAUAUUGAAGUGGAGGGAAUCACCAUACUAAUACUUCUGGAUCCCAGUCUACAAAAUAAGUUCUGACUUCUAUCAUGGAGAUGUCCCAUAUGAACAAUAGUAGUCAUCACGCCUGGUGGAAAGAGAUGCCAUGGGGCGACACAGACGAGUGCCCCACCUCCAUGAGUGGCACAACCUUCCUGAUAGUUGCCUACAGCGCACUGAUUGGGGUGGGCCUUAUCGGCAACAUCUGCCUGGUGUUUGUCAUCACACGGCAGAAGGAGAUGAGGAAUGUCACCAACAUAUUCAUCGCCAACCUGUCAAUUUCUGACAUCCUCAUGUGCAUCGUGUGCCUGCCGGUCACCAUCAUCUACACCCUAAUGGAUCGCUGGAUCUUGGGGGAGGCACUCUGUAAGGUCACACCCUUUGUCCAGUGCAUCUCUGUCACAGUCUCUGUCUUCUCCCUGGUCCUCAUAGCCAUGGAGCGCCACCAACUCAUCAUCCACCCCACUGGAUGGAAGCCUGUUGUGGGCCACUCCUACCUGGCUGUAGCCAUCACCUGGAUGGUGGCCUGCUUCAUCUCUCUGCCUUUCCUCUCCUUCAACGUUCUCACCAACAGUCCUUUCCAGAACAUUAGCCUCCCCUUCAAUCCCUUCACGGACCACUUCAUCUGUAUGGAGCGGUGGCCCUCAGAGCACAAACGACUGGCCUACACCACCUCCCUGCUGCUCUUCCAGUACUGCCUUCCCCUCAUCCUCAUCCUGGUCUGCUACUUGCGCAUCUUCCUGCGUCUCAGACGGAGAAAAUACAUGGUGGAGCGAACCAGGGACAACCGCCAGAAGAAGGCCAAGGGGUCAAAGAGGAUCAAUGCCAUGUUGGCCUCCAUCGUGGCAGUGUUUGCCCUCUGCUGGCUCCCGCUCAACAUCUUCAACACCGUGUUUGACUGGAAUCACCAGGCCAUCCCAUCCUGCCAGCAUGACAUCAUCUUCUCUGCCUGCCACCUCACAGCCAUGGCCUCUACUUGUGUCAACCCCAUCAUCUAUGGCUUUCUCAACAGUAACUUCCAGAAAGAACUCAAAUCUACCCUAUACCGCUGCCGCUGCUGGGGGGCACCAGAGAGUUAUGAGAGCUUCCCUCUCUCUAUUGUCAGCACAGAGGUCACUAAGGGGUCAAUCUUGAGCAAAGGAUCGAUCAGCAUGAAUGUAUAGUCCCAACCCAUUCAGACAGGGAGAGCGAAAGUAUAGAACUUGUCAUUGUCUUGACCAUGCAUUGAAGGUUGUCUUGCUGAGAUUUUUGCUGGAGCAAGGGUUGACAGAGGUUGUUCAAAUGAUUCACAUGUCAAUGUUUUGUUUCUUAGCAAUCAAUGGUUGACCUCUUCAGUGGGAAUGGAGAGAAAUGUGAAAGUAAGAGAACACUGUGCCCCAACAGUCAUUUUACAGUGUUUUCAAUUAGGUAUGUGCUUUUACACCAUAGAGGAAGUCAAUGAUUUUAUGACGGUGCAAAGGUCUUCUUCACUGCAAGCACUGUGGAGUAAAAGGUGUGCUUAACACCAACAUAAUAUUGCAAUGUAUUAUUUGGGUCUCUAUAGAGCAGUAAUAUUCAAAGUUGGGGUGGGGUCGCGGGAUUUAAAAAAAAAAAUGCAACAAAAAUGUACGAUUAAUUUAUAGGACAAAAUGUAUGCACGCAUGAAUGUAAGUCGCUUUGGAUAAAAGCACCUGCUAAAUGGAAUAUAUAUAUUUUUUGAGAAAGAUCAUUUGAAAAAUAAUAUUGAAUUGAGUUAAUGUAUUUAUUGAUUCUCUUAAUUUUGAUAAGAGAGAUGGAAGUUAAUUGAAAGUUAUUUGUUGAUGUAAAAAUAGAAAUGUACCGAUUUUUAAGGCUGUCAUUAGAUUUGAGGUGUGGGGUCGCAGAAAUUCUGGCCAAAAAAAGAGGGUUCCUGUUUGAAAGGUUUGAGUACCACUGCUAUAGAGUGUAGCCAAAUGUGUUGUCAUGAUAGUCAAACUUGCAUGGCAGCACAAAAGUCUUUAAAAUCGACUAUAAUUGAAGGACUUUUAAAUUGACCUUCAACUCCUCUUGGGUUCCACUCACAAAGUCAUGUUUGAAUAAUGUGAGAUUUUCAGAUUGUCCUUUUCUCACAUUUUACUCCUGUUAAUCCUGGAUCAUGGAUAGCUACUGCUAUAAUUGUAUUUUUAUAGAAUUCGCUAUCCUUUCAACCCUCCUUUGUGCAAUUCCUUCCCUCAUGCAGAGACUCAUGGAAUAUGCAUGUUAAGGGAUGCCAAGUGCUAACCACUUCCAAUGGUUCAUUCAUGAUAUUGAUGUGGGUUUAAAGGGAUAGUUCUCCAAAAGCAUGUGUUAAUGAUUUUCUUCAUAGAUAGGAAUCAUGUGAUCUUUACACCGGCAAAUGACUUGGCUAAGAUCACACCAUGUCAAUAAAAUCCUCAUAACUGGUUUGUUUGUAAACAGACCCAUGAUGGAAUAAAGUUAUGGAAUUUGUAUUGAAACAAAACUUUGACAAGGACUGACAUUGAAAACUAGUGAUUUAAGGCACAGUACCUGUCACAGACAUGUUUUGUACCCACCAAUGUUUACUGCCAAAUAUAUUACUGUGCUAGUGGCUGACUUUGAUAAUAAAAUGUGCCAUGCAGCAACCAUACAUCUAGGGCCAUAUAACAAAAGAGAAGGGGCAGUAAAUGAAUACACUCUGUACUCUGACAGCAGCACAUGGAAUAAUAUCCUACUGUAUAUCCUUGCUCUCUCACUGAGGUCCACUGAGUCUUUGUAUGUACAGUAAUAGAUCUGGUGUGUAGUUUAGCCCUGUGUGGUGUGUAUGGUACCUGAUAUGCCUCUUGUAUUGCAAUGUGGGAUAAUUGGUUUAUAAUAUAAAUGGGAAUAAAUCAUUCCAUCUGUU